GUGCUAAUUAAACUAUGUUUUUAUUCGUCGCGGUAGCCUGAUUAUGCUUUAAAUAUGGUUACAGCAUAAGUCACUCGAGUGAUUCAAAACCUGGUGCUGGUAGUAGUCAUUGAGAGUGUUUUUAUAAUGCCGACAUUGAUCAGAAAAUUUCUUUCCGCUAUAUGUUUACCAAUUACAUUUUCAAAAUUUAUAUGUGAAACAAAAGAACUGUUGAAUGUUGGUUGGAAGUUGAGUGCAUCCAUGCUACUUGAAUGCGCAUUGUCAACGAACAGUGUCCUAUUUGUGGGUCGUCAUGAUAAAACAGAAAAGGCGGCUGUAUCUUUUGCAGACCUAAUUAUAACAACAAUUUGCAUUUUACCUGGAUUUGGAAUAGUUACCGUCUGCAACACGUACAUUUCAAAUAGCAAUGGAGAACAACUGCGUUACAAACAAGAAAUUAUACUGCAGAAAGCAUUAUUACUGUGUAUCAUCAUAUCACUGCUAAUCUGCCCAUUAUUGCUAAAUAUGGAAAAUAUUCUGAUACUUCUAUACCAAGAUCCUGAAAUAAGCUUUUUAGCUGGAAGAUUCUGUAUGGUUUACAUAGCGGGUGUACCUAUUUUAUUGUGGUCGCUUGUUUUAAGCCGAUUUUUACAGUGUCGAGGUCAUGUGUGCGUCGUACUGAUAAUGUUGGCGUUCACGGUUGCUGUAAACUUUCUACUGAAUUAUAUUUUCAUAAUAGUUUUAGAUGGAGGAUUAAGAAUAGCCGCAGCGGUGUUGGUUGUCUCACAAUACAUCUAUUUCUUAAUGCUUGUUGUAUACUUUUAUUGGAAUGGUGAGAUUACAGGAGUGUUUAUGAAAGAAUCUUUAGAAAACUGGUAUGACUUUUCUGUCUGUGUGUUUAACGGAUUUCUUUUGUUCAUAUUUGAACAACUCAAUUUGGCAUUCGGAUUCUUUUUGUGCGGUUUAGUUGGGGCUAAAGAGGUAGACGUGUUUGCUUUGUUUGACAUCAUAGUAAAUUGUACAUUUAUGAUCACUUCCGGGUUUUCAACGGCCAUGUCGAUAAAGAUUGGAGAAAAGCUUGGAGUAAAUGAACACGCAGAGGCUAAAACUUUGGCUUGUGUCGACUAUAUAUUCACCUUGAUAUAUAAUGUGGUUGUGUUCCUGAUACUUAUAGUUCCUAUCAAGUAUGUCGGUCGGUUGUUUACAGACGACAUGGAUGUUAUAUUAGAACUAUCAAAUAAUGUGAUUGUUAUUGCUAUCCACGAAGUAACAGACAUUACAAGUGCUAUGCUGGAUGGUAUAUUAGAGGCAUGUGGUAGACAAUGUGUUAGUUCCUCUCUAUCACUUCUUUCUAACAUUAUUAGUAUUCCAGCAGCAAUCUACGUAGCAUUUGCUUUGGACAAGAUAACCACAGGUUUGUAA